AUGUACAUUUUUAUUGCAGCUUUGUUAAUCAACUCUGUUCUUUACAGCACUGCUAUCUAUCCAAAGCUUUUGAUUGACUUUUUAUCUGAAAAACAGAUCAUAUCUUAUUCAGGCUGUCUCUUUCAGUGGUUUAUAUAUUACACUCUAGCCAUUUCAGAAUUCUUCCUGUUGUCAGCAAUGGCCUAUGACAGAUAUGUGUCUAUAUGUAAACUUCUGCAAUAUCCAACUAUCAUGAAAAAGACAACUGUUUAUGUUUUCCUAAUUUUAGCUUGGACUCUACCUGCUUGUCAGUUUUCAGUGGGAAUGUUAGUGAAUGCAAAUAAAAAGCUCUGUUACUUUAUUUUAAAAGGGAUCAUUUGCAACAGCACAGUUCAGAAACUUCAAUGUGUGAGUUCACCAGAGCUGAAUAUAUAUGGCUUGAUUGUGUUUGUAAUUGCUGUACCUCUCCCUGUACUCUUCAUACUUUUUACAUACACCAGGAUACUUAUAAUAACCUAUCGAAGUAGUAGAGAAGUCAGGAGAAAAGCUGCACAGACCUGUCUACCCCACCUGUUGUGGGCCAACACAGUAUACAGGAAGGUGGUGACAGCCGUGGUUGUGAUGGAGUAG